AUGCCGAAACGAAGGGUUACGUGGGGUGGAAAACUGCCAUCACCAGCCUUCCACCAUGCUGGAGAGUCUGACCUAAGCUUUGCUGAGCCUUUUCUCAAAAAGAGAAAAGCUGAUAUGUCUGUCUUGACAGAGCAGAAUGAAGGUAAGUACGCAUAGGAAAAAUAUACUUAAUACCAAUCUCAGUGGUAGCUUUUACUCUGCUAUAUUUUGCCAUACUCAGUGCUUGACUUGGGCAGGAACGCAACGGAGCGGAGUACCGGCACCUAAAAUGUUCUAUUGCUUGAGCUCCUGUUCCUCUUAUAGAAUAUUAGAUCCAAAAUAUUGUGGCACUCCUGCGCCUAAAAUAUAAACAGUACCAGCACCCAAAAUUAGUACCGGAACCUAUUUCAGUCCAAGUCAAGCACAGGACAUACUGGUACAUAUAUCAUGUUCAAUUGCUUGUUUUGUUGUUUGUGUAUUCACAGAUGGCGAGGAGUUAGAUUCUACCUUUGACAUGGAGAUGAACCAGAGCAGUCUGACCGUGCGUGGUUUUGCAGAAAGGUGAACAUGGACUAUUGCCAUCUUAUCUUUACACCACAUUCCCUUCUGCUUGUUGUCCUUCAUACUCAUGUUCCUGCAUUCCCCUCUUUUCUAGUGAAUUUUUUUCUCCAAACCAGCUGAACAAAUUGUCUGAGAAGGUGUCUUGUCUGGAGCUCCAGCUGGAAAAUGAGACUCAGCAGAAGCAGGAGGCCAUGGAGAAAGUGGAGACUUUUCAGAGGAGGGUUGCUGAACUGGAGACGCAACUAGAAGAAAAGUCACAAAUGCCCGCUGAUGCACAGCUGGAAAUUGAAGUUCAGCAGAACCAGGAAGCCAUGGAGAAGGUGGCAACUUUCGAGAUGAGGGUUGCUGAACUGGAGAAGCAACUAGAAGAAAAGUCACAAAUGCCUGCCAAUGCACAGGCGCAGGAGGCCAUGGAGAAAGUGGAGACUUUUGAGAGGAGGGUUGCUGAACUGGAGACGCAGCUAGAAGAAAAGUCACAAAUGCCCGCUGAUGCACAGCUGGAAAUUGAAGUUCAGCAGAACCAGGAAGCCAUGGAGAAGGUGGCAACUUUCGAGAGGAGGGUUGCUGAACUGGAGAAGCAACUAGAAGAAAAGUCACAAAUGCCUGCCAAUGCACAGGCGCAGGAGGCCGUGGAGACUUUUGAGAGGAGGGUUGCUGAACUGGAGACGCAGCUAGAAGAAAAGUCACAAAUGCCUACUGAUGCACAGGAGCAAGUUAGUGAUCACCAAUUCCUUCUCACUGUUUUAUUGUGCAGAAUGUCGAAUCUAAAUGCAAAAAUGUUCCAACUAUCAUCUUUCUUUACAGAUGAAAAAGGGAUUUGAAGAGACUAUUCAACUCUGUGAGACGUUGGUGUCUGAGAAGGUAUAUAGCUAUUUUAUAUACAGUGCUAUGAAAAAGUAUUUGCCCCCUUUCUAAUUUUCUCUACUUUAGCAUAUUGUGAUACUGAAUGUUAUCAGAUCUUCAACCAAAACCUAAUUAUUAGAUAAAGGGAACAUAAGUGAACAAAGAACACAACAAUUGCAUAUUUAUUUCAUAAAUGAAGUUAUGCAACACCCAAUUCCCCUGUGUGAAAAAGUAAUUGCCCCCUUACACUCAAUAACUGGUUGUGCCACCUUUAGCUGCAAUGACUCCAACCAAAUGCUUCCUGUAGUUGUUGAUCAGUCUCUCACGUCGCUGUGGAGGAAUUUUGUCCCACUCUUCCAUGCAGAACUGCUUUAACUCAGUGACGUGUGGGUUUUCAAGCAUGAACUGCUCGUUUCAAGUCCUGCCACAACAUCUCAAUUGGGAUUAGGUCUGGACUUUGACUAGGCCAUUCCAAAACUUCCAAUUUGUUGCUUUUUAGCAAUUUUCAUGUAGACUUGAUUUUUGGAUCAUUGUCUUGCUGCAUGACCCAGCUGCGCUUCAGCUCACAGACUGAUGGUCUGACAUUCUCCUGUAGAAUUCUCUGAUACAGAGCAGAAUUCAUGGUUCCUUCUAUUAAGGCAAGUUGUCCAGGUCCUGAGGCAGCAAAGCAUCCCCAAACCAUCACACCACCACCAUGCUUGACCUUUGGUAUGAUGUUCUUACUGUAGAAUGCAGUGUUUGGUUUUCGCCAGGCAUUACUGGAACCAUGUCGUCCAAAAAGUUAUACUUUUGAAUAAUCUGUCCAUAGAACGUUCUUCCAAGAGUCUUGAUGAUCAUCCAGGUGCUUUUUGGCAAACUUGAGUCAACUUUUUGGUCCCAUUAUGCCUGGCGAAAACCAAACACUGCAUUCCACAGUAAGAACAUCAUACCAAAGGUCAAGCUUGGUGGUGUGAUGUUUUGGGGAUGCUUUGCUGCCUCAGGACCUGGACGACUUGCCUUAAUAGAAGGAACCAUGAAUUCUGCUCUGUAGAGUUCUGCAUGGAAGAGUGGGACAAAAUUCCUCCACAGCGACGUGAGAGACUGAUCAACAACUACAGGAAGCAUUUGGUUGGAGUCAUUGCAGCUAAAGGUGGCACAACCAGUUAUUGAGUGUACGGGGCAAUUCCUUUUUCACACAGGGGAAUUGGGUGUUGCAUAACUUUGUUUAUGAAAUAAAUAUGUAAUUGUUGUUAUUUGUUCCCUUUAUCUAAUAUUAGGUUUUGGUUGAAGAUCUGAUAACAUUCAGGAUCACAAAUAUGCGAAAGUAGAGAAAAUUAGAAAGGGGCAAAUACUUUUUCAUAGCUAUAUAUAUAUAUAUUUUAUUAUUUUCUGAAUACUCUCACCUCACCAUGUGGUCUGUUGACAGGAAAUGGUUGCUACUGAGCGUGAUUAUCUCAAGCAGGAGCUCAACAUCCUAAUGGAACAGACUGAAAACUUGAAAAAAGAAAAGGCUGCACUUCUUCAGGAGAUGGAGGAGAAGAAGGAGAUAGAUGAGUUCAAUUCUCUGGAAGAGGAGAGCAAAAGAGAAUAUGAGGUAAUAGACUGCUGCAUAGAUUGCCUAGAGAUGUAAAAAGUUAUAUAACCAACUUAUUUCAAUGUAGUAGUUAUUAAAAUUGGAAUGUACUAUGUAUGGAAUAAGCCAAUUGCAAGUCCAUAAAUAUGAAAUGCUCCCUUGCUGGCUUGUAGCUUUGCAGUCAUUGGCUUUUGUAUAACCCUACAGAAAGAACUACUGAAUGACAUUUCCUCCUUAAAGAAGGCCAUGGAGGCCUCGGGACGCAAAUCUCAAGAGCUUGAGGUAAAACUACGAAAUGUUUAGGCAGAAGCAAGAUGGGAGGCUAACGAGAUGUAUUGUAUGUGGGUGUGUUUUGUCAAUGAGUGCUGGGUUGCAUGGCUUUUGACUGAUUUGCCAAAUCUGAUCCAUCUCUAGGCUAAUCUGCUGUCAAUGUCAGAGGAGCUGAAAAAGAAAGGCGACUGGGCAGAGGAACUACAAAGAUCGGUACAUUAAUUUUAGCUAAUUGAUUUGUUCUUGACGUGUUCACAAUGGGUGCUGUUGCAGCACCGCCCUGGUGUAACAUAGCAAUCAUACUUUUCUCUUUCAGAGUGACAUUGACUUGGUCCAACAAGUGAAGCAGCUGCGACGCUCUCUGGACGAUGCUGAGGGGCUGAGCCGUGACACUAAGAAGGAGUGGGCCCACCUGCGCAGUGAAAAUAUCUCACUCAAAGAGAGGGCUGUAAGUGUCCCCUACCUCAGUGCCAAUAUCUCCAGUUUGCAGCCUGUAUUUAAAUGCAAACUGCACUCAAUGGAUUGACCAUUAUCAUGUUGUAAGUUGUAUUAGUCCUAACUUUAUGCUUUGGCCUUACUUUCAGGUGACAAUAACUGCUGGCUAUGAAAGGAUGGAAGCUGAGGUGAAUGGCCUUCGCUAUCAGUUGGAGACAGAAAAAUCUCGCUUCAAAAAGAUGCAGGUUGACCUUCAGAGGGAGUUACAGGGAGCCUUUGAGGAGAACACCAAGCUUACUACUCUUCUGGAUGGAAAAGUUCCCAAAAGUUUGUGGUGUUGGUUGUCUUUUGUAUAGUAUUUCCCCUCUUCUCCAGCCUUUCAUUUAUUUGCCCUGCAGUUAUUGAAUAAGUUAUCUAACAUGGGGUCUCCUCUUUUUGCAUAGAUCUCAUAGACCGCUUUGAACUUGAGAAAACUGUUGCUGACCUGAAGAAAGAGCUGGAGAAGUCUCAUGAAGAUGAGAGAACCCUACAAGCUAAGAUCGAGGAUUUGAGUGCACUGCAGGAUCUUCCAGAUAAAGUGGACAGUUUGAUGAAGCAGGUAAACCUGUUUGAUACGAUGUGGAACCGGGUACCCCAACAGGGUUCCCCAACUGAUUUUUAAUUUGGCCGCUCAAGUUUUGAAAUAAAAAUGUUAGACAUAAAAUACAGUAAAAACACCAGUAAAUCAUCUCCAACUGAUUUUAAUUUAGGAAAUCUGUUCCAAUAUAUUCCCACGCAUAAUAGAGAGAUGUAUGUGAACGUAUACAAAUGUAAUCAAGGUUUGAAAUGAUUGUUUGGACUUCUGGCGGUCAAUUUGCAGUCUACAAAUUAUGUUCCGGCCCCCUGACCAUCCGCUCAAGAAAAAAAUUGGUUCCAGAUCCCUGAUGUAGAGCAACAGAGACUUGUCUUUAAGAGAAGUCUUAUCUUUUAAUGAAUCUCCUCUGGCUGUUCAGGUAUGUGAUCUCACUGAGGAGCUGUGUGCAGUCCAACAAGAGAAAGACAUGCUGGUGUCUGCUAAGGCCUGCAGUGAGGAAGAAGCUCAUCAACUCAGAGAAAAUGUCCAGAGCUCCCAGGAGCAGCUAGUCAAACUGCUAGAUGACCUGAGCAAAGCUGAGUUAAGGGAAAACAACCUAACCCAGCAGUGUGCUGACAUCACUGAGCAACUGGAGACUCUCCGUAAGGACUUGGAGCGCUCUUCUGUGGAGAACAGUCAGCUUCUUACUACUGUGGAGGAGUCCAGCCUGAGAGUAAAUUGGUCUUUGGUCCUUGUCAAAUCACAUGACCUUGAAUGUGUUUGUUGAAUCUUCUGUAAGGCUGUCCUCCAACAAUGUCUUUUUUUAUUUAGCUGAAGGAGAAUGAAGAGCGUCGAGCAUCAAUUGAAGAUCAAUUGUGUGGAAUGCAACAAGUCAUGAAAGAGUUGGAGGAGAAGCUUGCUGACAGUGAAUCAUCCAAGGAACAAUAUGACAAUUUAUCCCAGGAACGCCAAGAUCAGGUGCAGUGCCUCUCCAAACAGCUAAUUUCAGCCAUCUCCCUACAGUAGGUAUUUACAAUAAUUAAUUUGGUUAAUUUGUCCUUCAGAUAAGGCAGCUGAGUGAGGAGUUGAUACAGGUCCAGGCAGAACUAAAACGGCAACAUCAUCUGAACUCGGAACAGCAGGCAUGUGCCCAACAAGAUGAUCAACAUCAGCUACAAGUCAGUGUCUUUAUACAUAAGUUAUGGCCUGGGAUCAUUUUUAAAUGGAACAUUUUAAUUGUGAUAUUUCUCAUUUGCACAGAUACAGGAACUACGGGCUGCAUUGGAGUCCGUGACAGAGGAAAGGUGCCAGUUAAACAGUGACUUACAGCAAAAUAUGGAAAUGGUGAGGCCAUGUCCAAGUGUUUUUGGUCAUACAACAGCUGCACUUUGACGGUGUAGCUAACUGUAAACAAAAACAUGAAGUGUCAGUUAUUUUAAUGUGAUAUUAUUCUCUCCUGUAUAGGCUGCAGAGACUCAGGGAUGUCUCCAUUCCAUCCAAGAGGAGCUCAGACAACAGAGACAACUGAACUCUGACCUUGAGAACCAACGUUUACAGAAGGAGACACUACUAGAACAGCAGGUUAAUUUAUGUGACUGUUUGAUUUUAAUAGUACGUUUCUUUAAUUGUUUUAUAAUAAUACAAUUAGCUAUUUUUCUCCUCAAAGAUGAAGCAGCUGAGUGAUGAGCUGGAAUCUGUGCAAGCUGAGAGAGAGCUUCUCCUGUCUGAGAAGACAACCGUCCCUCAGAAUCAUGCGGAGUUGGAGAAGCUUCUCUCUACUGUGACCUCACUAACUGAAGAGAGAGACCAGCUCCAGGAGAUACUGGGAGGAGUCAGAGAGGAGAGGAACCAGCUCAAGAGAAACCUGGAGGAGAAUGUGGAGAUGGUGGGUGAUUGAUCGAUUUUAAAAACAAUAUUUAGAAAAUGCACACACUAAUUGCAAUCAGUAGAAGCUUUUUAUUCUACAAGUUUACGUUUCAUAUUUUUGCAGAUGAUUGAAAACCAGGAGGAGUUACGGGUGGCACUUGAAAAGAUACACCAUCAAGAGGAAAAUAUGAAACCUAUGGAGACUGCAAAUCUAGAGGAGCUGCAAAGUCAGGUAAAAUAUGCUUUUACUUGCUCAACAGAAUUCAUUGUCACAUCAAUCGAAGUGUAUAUUCUAAUAUGAAUGCUAACAUACUCUUUAGAUGAAGCAGCUGAAGGAGGAGCUUGUGUCUGUGCGAGCUGAGAGCGAGCGCCUCCUGUUUGAGAAGACGGACAGCCCUCAGAAUCAUGCAGAGGAGUUGGAGAAACUGCUCUCUUCUGUGACCUCACUAACUGAAGAGAGAGACCAGCUCCAGGAGAUACUGGAGGGAGUCCGAGAGGAGAGGAACCAGCUCAAGAGAGACCUGGAGGAGAAUGUGGAGAUGGUGAGUCUGAGUUACUUUUAUAUCUAAUGAAAUCCAUAUUUUCUGCUUUUAUCAUAUUUUGUGUAUCCAUGUUGAUUGACAGAAUACAUUUAUUUGUUCAACAGCAACAUCUGAACUCUGAACACCAGCCCCAUAGAGAACAUCAGGAGACUGACCUACGUCUGCAGGUAAGUAAUUGUUUAUACACUGAGUGUACAAAACAUUAGGAACACCUCUUUCCAUGACAGACUGACCAGGUGAAAGCUACAAUCCCUUAUUGAUGUCACUUGUUAAAUCCACUCCAAUCUGUGUAGAUGAAGGGGAGGAGACCGGUUAAAGAAGGAUUUUUAAGCCUUGAGACAUGGAUUGUGUAUGUGUGCCAUUCAGAGGGUGAAUGGCAAGACAAAAUAUUUAAGUGCCUUUGAACGGGGUAUGGUAGUAGGUGCCAGGCGCACAGGUUUGUGUCAAGAACUACAACACUGCUGGUUUUUCACGCUCAACAGUUUCCCGUGUGUGUCAAGAAUGGUCCACCACCCAAAGGACAUCCAGCCAACUUGACAUAACUGUGGGAAGCAUUGGAGUCAACAUGGGCCAGCAUCCCUGUGGAACAUUUUACAUUUUAGUCAUUUAGCAGAUGCUCUUAUCCAGAGCGACUUACAGUUAGUGAGUGCAUACAUUUUUCAUACUGGCCCCCCGUGGGAAUCGAACCCACAACUCUGGCGUUGCAAGCGCCAUGCUCUACCAACUGAGCUAUAGGAGGAACGUUUUCGAUACCUUGGAGAGUCCAUGCCCCGACGAAUCAAGGCUGUUCUGAGGCGGGGGGUGGUGCAACUCAAUAUUAGGACGGUGUUCAUAAUGUUUUGUACACUUGUGUAUAUUCUGGUGAUGUCCAACACCAUGGUUCAACUGUAUUUGUUUAUUCAUUAUUGCUUUACAUUGUUGCCGGUAGAUGCAACUAGAGGCAGUGAAGGAGUUAGAGGAGCAACUGGAAGCAGUUAAAGAGGAGCGGAGCCAGCUGAAGACUGACCUUCAGGACAAUGUGGAGAUGGUGAGGGAAUGUUAGACACACACUGCAUUAAUCAUAAGAGACGUGAGAUUGAAAUCUGCUUGUUGCACAAAGAUUUGAAUCAGUAAUCUGCUCUUAAACUCUACUUUUGGAUAUUUUUGCAUGUUAAUGCAAUUCAUAUUUUAACCAUUGUUUUAGAUGAUUGAGAAUCAAGAGGAAUUAAGGGAGUCUCAAGAGAAGAUCAAAUCGCUACAGGGGAAAAUCCAACAACUUAAGACUCAGAAUGCUGAUAUUGAGACAAGAUUGAACAACAUAAAUGGUCCAGAGAAUACAUCCUGUCUAGGAGAGCUGCAAAACCAGGUGAGGUUCUUAGUCAGUUGUCGCCAUGAUGUGCUACCUAAAUGCAACCAAUGUGCUGGUUGAAGAUAAAAAAAAAAAAAAUUCAACCAAACCCCACAGAUAAGGCAGCUGAAUGAGGAGCUUGAGUCUGUGCGAGCUGAGAGAGAGCGUCUCCUGUCUGAGACGACGGACAGCCCUCAGAAUCAUGCAGGGGAGUUGAAGCUGCUCUCUACUGUGACCUCACUGACUGAAGAGAGAGACCAGCUCCAGGAGAUACUGGAGGAGUCCGAGAGGAGAGGAACCAACUCAAGAGAGACCUGGAGGAGAAUGUGGAGAUGGUGAGUCGUAACUGUUGUACCCUUAGGAAGGCCAUUUUUUGGGAGUAGAUUGGAGCAUCAAGCUGUGAGUGGGGAUGUAAAACGAAUAUGCGUUCCCCCCUAGAUCAUACAAGUACAGACAGAACUUAAACAUCAGCAACAUCUGAACUCAGAACAACAGACUGAGAGGGAACAUCAAGAAGCUCAACUUCGGCAACAAGUUAGUCUCGGUCUAUGACUUUAUAUGGUGAUGUUAGAACGUUGUUGAAACACUGGAUAAGUUUAUUUUGUAUUUAUAAAAAAAUAACUUUUGUACAGAUACAGCAGCUAGGAGAGGAACUGGAAAUCAUGACUGAGGAGAGGCGUCAGUUGAAGGGUGACCUGCAGGAAAAUCUGGAGAUGGUGAGGCCAUGGUCAAAUGUUUUCCAGUUAACCAACUGUGAUUUUGAAGUGUGUUCACUGUGAGUGCCAUGAUGCUUCUACUGCUCCAAAUCUAACACGCUAUCUUUAUUCUAGGCUGCAGAGACUCAGGGACUUCUCCAUUCCAUCCAAGAGGAGCUCCGACAACAGAGACAACUGAACUCUGACCUUGAGAGCCAAAGUUUACAGAAGGAGUCUCUUCUAGAACAGCAGGUUAAUAGCCUAAUCUUUCUUCCUUUUUGAUGUGUAGGCUUUUCAGAUCACAUGCAUAUUGAUGAAACGUUUCACCUGUUUCCCCCCUGAUAAAGGCUAAGCAGCUGAGUGAGGAGCUUGAGUCUGUGCGAGCUGAGAGAGAGCGUCUCCUGUCUGAGAAGACGGACAGCCCUCAGAAUCAUGCAGAGGAGUUGGAGAAGCUGCUCUCUACUGUGACCUCACUAACUGAAGAGAGAGACCAGCUCCAGGAGAUACUGGAGGGAGUCCGAGAGGAGAGGAACCAGUUUAAGAGAGACCUAGAGGAGAAUGUGGAGAUGGUGAGUCUUGACUUCUACAAUCACAUUGUUGAUAAAUCAUUAUUAUUUAUUUUAAUCAUGAAUAUGAUGUGAUAUCUUUCAACCAGUCCAUCAAAGUCCAGGAUGAGUUGAAACAUCAGCAACAUCUGAACUCAGAGCAGCAGACUGAGAGGGAACAUCAAGAAGCUCAACUUCAGCAACAAGUUAGUCUCGGUCUAUGACUUUAUAUGGUGAUGUUAGAACAUUGUUGAAACACUGGAUAAGUUUUAUUUGUAUUUUAAACUUUUGUACAGAUACAGCAGCUAGGAGAGGAACUGGAAACCAUGACACAGGAGAGGCGUCAGUUGAAGGGUGACCUGCAGGAAAAUCUGGAGAUGGUGAGGCCAUGGUCAAAUGUUUUCCAGUUAACCAACUGUGAUUUUGAAGUGUGUUCACUGUGAGUGCCAUGAUGCUUCUACUGCUCCAAAUCUAACACGCUAUCUUUAUUCUAGGCUGCAGAGACUCAGGGACUUCUCCAUUCCAUCCAAGAGGAGCUCCGACAACAGAGACAACUGAACUCUGACCUUGAGAGCCAAAGUUUACAGAAGGAGUCUCUUCUAGAACAGCAGGUUAAUAGCCUAAUCUUUCUUCCUUUUUGAUGUGUAGGCUUUUCAGAUCACAUGCAUAUUGAUGAAACGUUUCACCUGUUUCCCCCCUGAUAAAGGCUAAGCAGCUGAGUGAGGAGCUUGAGUCUGUGCGAGCUGAGAGAGAGCGUCUCCUGUCUGAGAAGACGGACAGCCCUCAGAAUCAUGCAGAGGAGUUGGAGAAGCUGCUCUCUACUGUGACCUCACUAACUGAAGAGAGAGACCAGCUCCAGGAGAUACUGGAGGGAGUCAGAGAGGAGAGGAACCAACUCAAGAGAGACCUAAAGAAGAAUGUGGAGAUGGUGAGUCUGACUUUUAUUAUUAUUUAUUUGACCCAUGAAUAUGAUGUGAUAUCUUUGAACCAGUCCAUCAAAGUCCAGGAGGAGUUGAAAUGGCAGCAACAUCUCAACUCUGAACAGCAGGCUGAGACAGAACAUUAAACAGCCCAAGUCAGUAAAAGCCUCUACUCAUCCAGGUGAUGGUGUCUCAUAGUUGCUUGUUUACUGUUUUGAUCAUUGUACUUUGUCACAUUUUGUUCAUAUGCAGCAGCUAGAGGAAGAAUGCACAUACAUGAGAGAUGAGAGGACCCAGAUUCAGGGAGACCUGCAGGAAAAUAUGGAGAUGGUGAGUCUGAAUUUUUUAUAGGCCUGUAUUAGUUUUAAAAUGUGCAUUUUUAUAUAAAUAAUUUAAGUGAAAUCUCCCCCCAGGUCAUAGAAAUGCAGAGGACAUUAGAACAGCAGCGACAUCUGAACUCACAACAGCAGGCUGAGAGCGAACAACAAGAGGCCCAACUUAAACAACAAGUGAGUCAUAGUUAAACCAUAUACAUAGCUGGUGGCGUUAGACAAUUAUUGAAAUAUAUUUUAUUUCCUUGAACAUUUCUCUAUUUUAAAGGUCCAGCAUCUUGAAGAGCAGUUGGAGAUGGUGAAAGAUGAAAGGAGCCAGCUGAAGAGCAACCUUCAGUACAACAUGGACAUGGUGAGAGUCUGUAUUACUGUUCUGAACUCAGAGAAGCAGAUUCAUAACGUGAGUGAGCCAAGAACCAAGCUUAGAAUGAGGUUUUGGUACAGGUGGUUUUGGCUAAAAUGGCUUUACAUGUUUACUUUGCAUUGCCCUCAGAUGAAGCAGCUGGAGGAGGAAUUUAAAGGUUUCAAAGAAGGACAGUCUCACUUCAAAGUCGAAGCAGAAACCUCACAUAAGGUUUGUUUUUCAUUGUAUUGGAUAACAAGUAGUUCCUUCUGCUGUGUCUGAAAUUGCUGUGGCAUUUUUCAAAUGAACUUUUUCCCCCAUUCCAGAUGCUUAGUGAUGCGAAUGCGACCAUCUCCAUAUUGACAGAGCAGAUCAAUAACCUGGAGCAGAGCACCAACUGUUGUACCACCAGGGCAGGCGAGGGACUGUGCUCCAGACUGGAAGCUUCUACUCAGCAGCUCCAGGUGGGCUAGCACUUGAUUUUAUUCUGAUCAAAAAAUAUAUCUGCAUUGCUUGCUGUUUGGGGUUUUAGGCUGGGUUUUCUGUAUAGCACUUUGUGACAUCUGCUGACGUAAAAAGGGCUUUAUAAAUACAUUUGAUUGAUAAACGCAACAUGCAACAAUUUCAAAGAUUUUACUGAGUAACAGUUGAUAUAAGGAAAUCGGUCAGUUUAAAUGAGGCCCUAAUCUAUGGAUUUCACAUGACUGGGAAUACAGAUAUGCAUCCAUUGGUCACAGAUACUUUUUAAAAAGGUAGGGCGUGGAUCAGAAAACCAGUCAGUAUCUGGUGUGACCACCAUUUGCCUCAUGCAGUGUGACACAUCUCCUUCGCAUAGAGUUGCUUGUGGAAUGUUUUCCCACUCCUCUUCAAUGGCUGUGCAAAGUUUCUGGAUAUUGACUGGAACACGCUGUCAUACACUCAAUCCAGAGCAUGCUCAAUGAGUGACAUAUGCAGGCCAUGGAAGAAGUAGGACAUUUUCAGCUUCCAGGAAUUGUGUACAGAUCCUUGCCACAUGGGGCCGUGUAUUAUCAUGCUGAAACAUGAGGUGAUGGCGGCGGAUGAAUGGCACAACAAUGGGCCUCACGAUCUCGUCACGGUAUCUCUGUGCAUUCAAAUUGCCAUCGAUAUAAUGCAAUUGUGUUCGUUAUCUGUAGCUUAUGCCUGCCCAUACCAUAACCCCACCAUGGGGCACUCUGUUCACAACGUUGACAUCAGCUAACCACUCGCCCACACAAAGCCAUAUACACGGUCUGCGGUUGUGAGGCUGGUUGGAUGUACUGCCAAUUUCGUUAAAACGACGUUGGAGGCGACUUAUGGUAGGAGAAAUGAACAUUACAUUCUCUGGCAACAGCUCUGGUGGACAUUCCUGCAGUCAGCGUGCUAAUUGCACGCUCCCUCAUCUGUGGCGUUGUUGUGUGACAAAACUGCACAUUUUAGUGGCCUUUUAUUGACCCAGCACAAGGUGCACCUGUGUAAUUAUCAUGCUGUUUUAAUCAGCUUCUUGAAAUGCCACACCUAUCAGGUGGAUGGAUUAUCUUGGUAAAGGAGAAAUGCUCAUUAGCAUGGAUGUUAACAAAUGUGUGCAUAAAACUUGAGAGAAAUAAGGUAUUUGUGCAUAUAUGGAACAUUUCUGGGAUCUUUUAUUUCAGCUCAUGAAACCUGGGACCAACACUUUACAUGUUGCUUUUUAUAUUUUUGUUCAGUGUAUUUCAAUCUGUACAAAUGCUUCAUUCGAUGACAGCAUAAUAAAAACAAUGAUUAUAUCCCAUUGCAGGUGUCCUUCAUGAGGUUCCAGCUUGUUAUCAAUGGUGCUUCAAAGCCUGGACAUGGGCCCCUGAUUGAUGUCACACGAGUUGAAGAAGUCAUGAUACUGAAACUGUUGCCCCUUCUUCCAAAGCCCACAAAAAAGAUCCAUAGCAAUGUCAAUAGAUCUACAGUCCAGAUCACUAACACGGUGUGGGAUACAAAGGUACGAAUAAUCACAUGUUCGUCAUCGUUUCUAUUUAAUGUUUAACUGCAAUAGUAAACAGCUUUUGCUAAAUUGAGUCAAAUCAUUUUAGGUGCUGCUGAAGCUGUGUGCCAAGGAUUACAAAACCCACUUUGAAGCCCUGGUCCAGAAUGACUUGGCUGUAUUUGAGGAGAGGAGACUCCAGGACCUGCUCCUCUGUAGAGCCCAGGCACCCAGUCACUCAGUCAAGGUGGCUGAGAAUGACUUCCUUGGAGUCUGGGACGAGAGACUGUCAGAACUGUUGGACAGGAGAGAAGAUUACCUCCAGGUGGGUUGGCUUCACAUUACUGCACAACAGAAAAUAUAUAUCUUUAUACUGUAUGUUGUGAAACUAAUCGUGUUAUAUCAUGUUCUCAGAAAAUGAACAGUGUUUUGAAGAAGCUUGAGGAGAGCCUGGCCGCUCACCCAGCAGCAGUGUCAGAGGAGCUGAGUGUGCGAGAGAGGAGCAACGAGGAGCUGAGUGCUCUAUGCAUGGUCCACUCACCUGACUCAGCAGCAGUGGAGAGCUUCCUGGAGCGAGAGCUGGCCCGGCGCUCUGCUUUGGCACAGGCCAACACACUGGCUCUCCAGGUAGUUAACCCCAUCAAUAAUCUCCAGUCUUAGUUACCACAUACGGAAUGUCAAUUGUAUCGCUGAGGUUGAUCAUGGUUUGUCUGUGAAUGGUUUUCCUCUUGCCUUGCAGGGAUUGCGAGAUGAGCGCUGUGGUCUGCUCAGAGAGCUAGGUGUUGUCCGAGCACAGGCUGACAGUCAGCUGAAAGAAGAGAGGAGUAAGACUUCUACUCUGCUGCAGAUACUGGAGCGUGCCCCCGUCAAGACUGAAGCUGACCUGCUGAGGGACAACCAGCAACUUGCCCUGCAACGUCAGCAGUUGGAUGGAGAAAUCAAGGUACCAUUUUAACCAGUUUUCAAUCUCAUGGAUGAUUUCCAUUUUUCUAGCUGAACCUAUGAUUAGUUUACAACGUGUACAUGUUGUGUUUGCAGGAAAUGCAGAUGCGAGUUGAGCAGCUGGAAGAGGACCAGAUCAAAGCUGCCGAUAGCGUCUCGAACCACAAACAAGCCACCCAGCUCCUACAAACUGAGCUUCAGGAUGCUUGUGCCAAAGUCAAGGACAGGGAGGGCUCCAUUCAAAUCCUAAAAGAGAAACUCAGAGAGACGGAGGUAAGGGUUGGAGCAAGGUGGAACUUCACCCCUGAUCUUUUAUUUUGUAUUUUAUGUGGGAUGUGUUCAAUACUGUAUAAACUUGUUUUAUUUUUUGGGGUAUAGGUUCUGGCUAAGAGAAGAGCAUCACCUAGUGCUCUUGAGCUUGACGAGCUGAAGGCUAAAGUUGUGAAAAUGGAGUUGGAGACGACUGCAUCAUCCUCUAAACACCAAGAAGAGUAGGGCUUAAUUUGUUUAAUCAUGAGCUAUGCCAUUUAAAUGUGUAUUCUUUCUUUGCUUGUCGGAAUUGUAUCACAGCUGAAUUUGAGCAGGGCUUGUUCAAUGUUUAAAGUAUCUCUCCCUGAGUCAUGUUUAGGACGUUCUGCAUUUGUUCCCCUUAGGUUACUGAGGAUGACCACGGUCCUGAACCACAAGGAGGACGCUCUGAGGACGCUGAAGGAGACUCUGAGAAGAUCACGACAGGAGGGAGAACAGUCAUGUAAAUCUAGUAAUAUAAUUUGAGAUGACCACAAAACAGCAAGUUAAUAGUUAGAUGAGCUCUAAUUUGAGAUGUUUAAUUAUAUUGCAGUCAAUGAGGGACAGGAUCUGCAUGCCAGACUGACAACCACCAGAGGACGCACGGUCCAAAGCAACAUUCUCCUUGAAAAGAACAAACUUGAGGAGGAAGUGAAAAGGCUACAGAGCAACAUUUCAGAAUUGGAGAGGUGAAGAUGGAUCUGUAAGAUUACUGUAUUGCUUUGACGUUUCUUGCGAGAUCAUAUCACUGACCUCUGCCAUUUUGUCUCUGUUUUGACAGCCUUGUGUCCACUCAGCAGGGUGAGAUCACAAAAUGGAAGGCUAGAGCAAUUAAGCUGAAGGAGAAGAGGAGGGACCUGGUAGACAAGCCUCUGUCUCCAUGUACUCCUACAAAACGACACCUUCCCAUGAGUUCUGAGGACUUCCUCAACUCUCCCAAGAGGUUCCUUGACUCUCCCAAGAGGUUCCUUGACUCUCCCAAGAAGUUCCUCGACUCUCCCAAGAGCAAGUUCUUCGAUGUCCGUCCAGGCUCUGAAUCCAUGUCGAUCAACUGUCCCAAGCAGUUUUUUGAUAACUCCAACCUUGGAACCAUUCAAGGUAACUACAGUCAAAUUUACCUGACUUUACCUUACAAUUUCAGUUUGUGUCCAGUCACCCAACAGCAGUUGGCCUUAAUGAAAUGACAUGUUUUACCAGAGGUUGCGGGUAUUCCCAUAUCAGAUAUGGAGGCUGAUGGAAGUGCAGAAGAGGGUAAUUGGUGGAAUGUUAUCCCCUGUGUUUGGGAUAAAACACAGUGUGGUGUUAUUACUAAUUGGAGCACAAACACAUUUACGUCAUUUAGCAGACGCUCUUAUCCAGAGCGACUUACAAAUUGGUGCAUUCACCAGUGGCAACCACUUUACAAUUUUUUUAAACGUAUAUUUAUAUAAACACAUCUUCUGGCUGUUAGUCACUUGUCACAUACUGGUGUAAUAGAGUGAGGUAUCAUAGGGGUUGGUAACAAAAUUGUGCUAACACUUCAUCACUGUUACUAACGCUAACUCUAUCUUUGGAAUUUUAACCUACACCAGGCUUGCUUUGAUUCUACAUUGUUUGACUUGGUAUUGUUUUGGCUGAUUUUGGUCUUUAUUUUAUCUUUUCAGAUGCAAGUGUGGAUAAAAAGGAGGAAUGGUGGCCUCUGUCACCAAAGCAAGCUGAUUUAUGCAAACAACAGUAAAUUGUUUACCUACAUUUUACUAAUCAUUGUCUGUCUAUUUUUCAAUGUUGAAAAUAUUUUCAAUGUUUUCAAUUGUAUUUGUCAGUCAGUUUUAGCUUUGAUCAAUUUGAUUGAUUGUCUUAAAAUUGUUUAAAAUAAAGAGCUGUUUCUUGAAUAAGAC